ACAGCACUUGACAAAACAUGAGAUCGACCAAUCAAAACAGGCCGACUGGAUAGCCGAGUAACCUCACUGUGUGUGCGUGUCAUGUUUGCGCCCCCUGUCAAAAAUGCCUCAAGCCGGUUCGAAAAAAGGGGCUGUAUCCAGAUUGAAUAAAAAUGCGGCCGUUAACAGUCUGAUAAUCUUUGUAGUUUUGCUUUUGGCAUGGGUGGCCGGGUUUGCGUCUCGCCUUUUUGCUGUUAUCCGGUUCGAAAGUAUCAUACACGAAUUCGAUCCAUGGUUCAACUACAGGGCCACAGCAUAUAUGGUAAAACAUGGGUUUUACAACUUCCUCAACUGGUUUGAUGAGCGUGCAUGGUAUCCAUUGGGUCGUAUCGUAGGUGGCACAGUUUACCCCGGAUUGAUGAUCACCUCCGGCAGCAUACAUUACAUAUUGCAUUUGCUACACAUUAAUGUGCAUAUUAGGGACGUUUGCGUAUUUCUCGCUCCAGUUUUCAGUGGUUUAACAGCUAUCUCAACCUACCUACUGACGAGAGAAUUAUGGUCAUCUGGAGCCGGUCUGUUUGCCGCUUGUUUUAUAGCGAUUGUUCCCGGUUACAUUAGCAGAUCAGUAGCUGGUUCCUAUGACAAUGAAGGAAUCGCCAUAUUUGCCCUACAAUUCACCUAUUUCUUAUGGAUCAAGUCUGUUAAGACUGGUUCCGUAUCUUGGGCUGUUGCGGCAUCAUUGACAUAUUUUUACAUGGUUUCAGCAUGGGGAGGCUAUGUGUUUAUCAUCAACUUGAUACCUCUACAUGUGUUCGUGCUUCUUCUGAUGGGACGUUACUCUAACAGGCUCUUCACCAGCUAUACAACUUUUUAUAUUCUGGGCCUUAUCAUGUCCAUGCAAAUUCCCUUUGUUGGAUUCCAGCCUAUUAGAACCAGUGAACAUAUGGCAGCCGCAGGUGUUUUCGCACUUCUUUUCGCGAUAGCUAUUCUCAAAUAUCUACAGUCCAUUUUGUCGAAAUCUGAAUUCAAAUCGUUGGCAAUAUGGGGCGGCUCAUUGGCUGCUGGACUGGUUUUUGCCACAGUAGUUGGACUUACAUAUGCUGGUUAUGUUGCCCCAUGGAGUGGCCGAUUUUACUCGCUUUGGGACACUGGCUACGCAAAAAUUCACAUACCAAUUAUAGCGUCGGUAUCCGAACAUCAGCCCACCACCUGGUUUUCCUUUUUCUUCGAUUUACAUGUAUUGAUUCCCACUUUCCCUGCUGGACUUUGGUACUGUAUAAAAAACGUGAACGAUGAACGAGUAUUUGUUAUUCUGUACGCUCUGAGUGCUGUUUAUUUUGCCGGUGUCAUGGUUCGAUUGAUGUUAACAUUAACACCGGUGGUGUGCAUGCUGAGUGGUGUGGCGUUUUCGGUGCUUCUCGAGAUGUAUCUGAAAGAAGAAGACAGCGCUGCACCUGUUGAAGUCGAAGAAGAGGAAACUCCUCAAAGCGCAAAGCGGUUGUACGAUAAGGCCGGAAAAACUCCAAAAAUCAAACACGAGUCUAAAGAGGUUGAUCCUAUCGGCCCGAAUAUACGUAGCGUAGCUGCAGUCAUUUUGGUCCUUCUACUGAUGCUCUUUGCUGUUCAUUGCACAUGGGUUACGAGCAACGCCUACUCCAGUCCAAGCAUCGUGCUGGCCAGCUACGGAAGCGAUGGCACUAGACAGAUUUUGGACGAUUUCAGGGAAGCCUACUUCUGGUUGUCCCAAAAUACUGCCGAUGAUGCUCGAGUUAUGAGCUGGUGGGAUUACGGUUACCAAAUAGCAGGCAUGGCCAAUCGGACGACGCUGGUGGACAAUAACACUUGGAACAAUAGUCAUAUAGCCUUGGUUGGUAAAGCCAUGUCGUCCAAUGAAAGUGCUGCCUACGAAAUUAUGACUGCCUUGGAUGUGGAUUAUGUGCUGGUUAUCUUCGGAGGUGUUAUUGGGUACUCUGGAGAUGACAUCAACAAAUUCUUGUGGAUGGUUAGGAUUGCGGAGGGAGAACACCCCAAAGACAUAAGGGAAAGCGAUUAUUUUACUGAACAAGGCGAGUUUCGUAUAGACUCUGAGGGAUCUCCCGUUCUCUUGAACUGCUUGAUGUACAAACUCAGCUAUUACAAAUUCGGUGAUUUAAGAUUGGAUUACCGUUCGCCGUCCGGCUUUGAUCGCACUAGAAACGCAGUAAUUGGAAACAAAGAUAUUCACUUGACCUACUUGGAAGAGGCAUACACCAGCGAGCAUUGGCUGGUCAGGAUAUACAGGGUUAAAAAGCCAGACGAAUUUAAUAGACCUAGAAUACCAGUUGCGAAUAGAGUAAUCAAAACCGGCAGUUCUGUCUCUAAAAAGAAUACCAAGCGCAAGAAGGGAGUGAUCAAGAAUAAACCGGUGGUUGUGAAAGGUAAGAAACGUGGAGUCAAUGCGCAAUAAACCCAAAAAUAGAGAGAAAUAGUACAAUAUACUAUAAUAAAUUUUAUUAUUUUUUGUUAAUUAUCGUUUAUGGUACGCUGUUGGGUGGAAAGAAUUUUGUCUUAUCCAACUAAUCGCUUGCGAUAAAACAAUUGGUUCUUUUAGAAAAGCCGUACUGAUUUGUUAGUUUGUUAUUUUAAGAAAUGUAAUUCUUAUUGUUUGCAUUAAACCAUCUUCUGAACUUUUCAACUCGUAUUCUAAGUAUUCGGCACAUUUGAAUAAUCAUAAUUUGUAAGAUACCUGAAGUAAAAUCAUUUGGGUUAUUACAUUGGUAUUGGUAUUUUUUUCGUUUUUCAAAGUUUUUGUUAUAAGCAACGUCACUAUGUGAUAUAUGUGAGUUUUUAUUGUGGAGUAAUAAAUAAAAAAGAUUUUUGCACUGGUUUAA